AUGGCCGAGUCCGGGUCCACGUCCUUCACGCCGGGCGAUGGCGCCCUGGCGUUGCUGUGGCCGAAUGUGGUGGGCGGCAGGGGUGCUAUGUUGUUGGAGCUGAUCAGCAGCCUGGGCGGACGCUUCCCUUGCAGCCUGUUGUCUGAGGAGGUCUUCCUGAUCGUCGUCGCCGGCAUGCUGCAGGUCUCUGUAGAUGUUGGCACGGUGGGUUCGUGGCUGCAGGUCUCGGCUUCGGCUUCGUCUUUGCCAUGGCGUUGCGCAGAUUGUGCCUCCUGUUCUUGGCUCUCUUCUUUCUGGCAGAGUUGGGUCAGGUCCAGCUGA